UUUUUUUCAAGUUGACUGCCUGCGGGCAAGCUAACAUGUUUUGUCACAGGUAACUUGUCGGGGCUGAUUUCCAAAAUACUGUUUGCUUGGAUCGUUGCGCGUAAGCUAGCCCUAAAGUUCUCUAACAAUUCUAUAUUCAAGUAGGAUUUCAUAAUAUUUUAUUAUGGAAGAAGGGAGUGUGUACGACUCAUUUCCAGAUUUGACAGAGCUGGAAAAUAAAAUUGUGAUGAAAACUCCGGAGAGCCUGUUGAGGUGGAUGCAGGGGGAUGCUUCGCUCGGUGCUGAGUGGAGUUCUAAUCGUCCGGAGGGGAGAGACAACCGCACCAGCGACAGUCUGACCGACAAGAUCAGAAACUUGAAACUAGAGAUGGGCUGUCUGCGUGCUACAGACGUGCGGAUCCUGCACCAGCUGGUGACGGUGCAUGAGGCCAUGGAGGCUGUGCGCUGGCUGCUUGAGGAGCGUGGCACCCUGGCCAGCAGGGGCAGCAGCCUGACAAGCAGCCAGUGUAGCCUGGCUGAGGGGCCUGGGUCUGGCUUGUCCCCUUGCAGAGAGGGCCUGAGUCUGGCCCUAACUAGCUGGCAGAGUCCUCUAAAUGAUGCCAAUGAAGAACCAGAAGAGUUUAAAGUACCAGAUAGCAUCUCUGGGGACAGCUACUUCCAUAUGCUCACAAAUGCCGUUUCUUGUAAUGACACAGGGUUGACACUAGAGGGCGUUGUUAGGCCUCCUGAGAGAACAGGAGAAACUGGGACACCGCACUGUGGUCUCCCAGAGAGACAAGGGGCCUCGGACGGUGAAAUCGUGGGGGUGGAGGAACAGACCAUUCCCAGUUGUGAGGUUCUGUUGGGGUAUGACACUCAGUGGUGCUGGGUGGAGUCUCAAGACGAUGUGACGUUUCUCUGACGUUAUAAGCACAAUUCAAAAGAUGCUUUAUGACAUGAAACCUUCCCUCUUCGCCUACCAAAAUUAGAUGCAAUGGUGCCAGUUGGACAUGAAGUGCCAUCCUGGACUAGGAGCGACAUUUAAAUUUACAUUAAAGUGUCCAUGGUGGACUGGAUGAAUGCUAGUAGCAUUGUUCUCUAGAGGAGCAAAAUCAAUACUCAUAUUUUGAUUGAGCUACUUUGGUUUGUCAGUUGUUGCCCUUUUGCUUUUCAAUGAGUCACCGUUGCCACUUUCAACUAGAUGUAAAUCAGAUCGAUGUCAAUCAUGUUCUCACUAUUCCAUGUUUUGCUAGAGAAAGCUUAUGUAGAGGGCUCAGCAGAAAAUGCAUUGACGUUAUGACAUAUCAUAAAUGGACGCAGACAUUUGACAUCUAAAAGGCCAUUAAGCCCAUCACAACUCCAGUGUGAUACUAUAAUGAACCCUUAUCUUCUGGAUGCAAAUGUGUUACUCAGAAUAUUAUUCUGUUGAAUAAAAUAAAAAUAAUUUUUUUGCCCAA